GGAGGAGGAGUGGACAGAUGGAGGUUAAGGUGGAGUUGGUGCUUUUCACUGGACAGGUGUAAUGUUUUGUGAAUUCAAAACUAUUAAAAGUGGGUAUUGCCUGUAUCUAAAGAUAAGGGCCUGUCUGUAAGGGAAACUACCUCUAGUGGGGUAAUCAAUUCGAGGUUCAUCAAGGUUUAUAGAUCUGACAUGCUGUUUGUCAGUGCCUCUUAAUUUCCUUCAAUGGCAGUUAAUUUUGUCCUUAUAAACUGAAAUGGUUACAAAACUGGAUUACAUAUAUGAGUUUCAGUUGCCCACUGAUGCAACAUCUACAGGGGCAUUUGUCAUCAGGAGAACUUUUUACAGGGGUGUUAACUACAGCAGGAACUAUUUUCUACAGUAGGAACCUUUUAAUAGGAAGCCUUUCUACAUACAAUAGGAACUAUUGUCAGAGGGUCCAUCAGCAGUGGGAACAAUCCAAAGUUACGUCAAAAAAUUGACCAAUCAUGUUUCUUUAUUUAGGAGUAUGAGAAGGCAUCUCAGCUUCUCUCUUAUGCCCUUGGGAUGGUGAACACUGUUGCAGGAAGGGGUGCUGCAAGCAGUCCAUUAGAGAGAGUGAAGGCUGCAAUUCAACAAGAACUCCUUGUGCUAGACAUUUCUCAGGAGUCACCUAGCAAGAGCCGGGCGGAAGAGAUAGCAAAACGAGUCAAGUCUUACAUUUGGCAAACUGCUCCAGGUGCUGCAGAGAUUCAUGUGGAAGAACAAGUCAAUGCCUUUCUAUUAAAUGGAAAGGAGUGGGAGUUUCUGUCAGAAAUAAGAGUUGAUGAGAAUGCACAGUCACUGGAUCACAGAUCUCUGUGUAGCUUACUGGCAUCCACGUGCUACUUUCUGUCAAAACCUCAGGGAUGGAGGAAGCCAGCCAGAAGUCUUUGGGAUGGCAUUCUGAAGAUAUUCAGUAAUAACAACAUGGGACAACAGAAGAGAUCUGCUGAUGGAAGUCAAGCAGGCAUAGCUUCCCAAUCUGAAGGACUGAAACUGACAAACCUCAUUCAUUUUGUUCGAAGAGUAAAGGAAGAGACUGUACUCACUGUGUUGAUAUCAUGUUUAGUACGACUGCGUAAUGCCUCUGGCAAGGUUGAUGAGGCAAAUAGUCAAAGAGAAAUAUCAAGCUCACACAGUCAUCUCUGGCCUACUGCAAUCACAAACCCUGGUAAUGUAAAUUUUGAUCACAUUGGCUUGGCACUGUCUGGUGUUGUCCACCAUGCCCUCUCAGUACAGCAUCAAAAUGUUUCUUGGCUUCAAACUCUAGGAGAUAUUUAUUUAGAUUCUGGUAAUUAUUCAUCAGCGAUGCGGUGCUACCUAGAAGCUGGUGCUAUCUCAUCGUUUUUCUUCAAUUCACCAGUCCCAUCAACUGUCUGGGAUGAUCAGGUUUACAGAAAAAUGGUCACUUGCUGUUCAGCGAUGAAAGCUCAUAUUCAGGCAGCUUUACUUUGUCAGUGUAUGGAAGUUAAAGAUUACACAACAGCCUUCAAGACCCUCCAACAAGCCUCAUUAGCAAGUUCUGAUGCUAUGGACUUCUACUAUUCCUUCUUUUGGGACAUAACAAUGUUAGAAUAUCUAACCUUCACCCAUGCAAAACGUGGACAAAAUGGCAAAAAACUGCUUACAAUACAAGCCAUCAGUCAACCUGAACUGAACAUUUUCAACACAUCAGAACUUCUCCAACACACAGAACAAAGCAGGAAAGCUAAGCUACUCAGAACUCUUGCCAAGCAGUACCUUUAGUCUAGCCACAGUCUAUUUACAAUACCUCAAAGCCUCUGUACUGAAAUGUCAUUAAUGUAAUAAAGACUAACUCAACACA